CUUCAGCUAAAGCAAUUUAAUGAAGCGGGAAAUGAACAGGAAUCGGCCAUAAAAUGCAACAAUGUUCACGUGAAGUGUUUGUUUGAUGUCCUGGACCACCUUCUCUUAUAUGGGUAGGUCCCUUCAGGGACCGCGGAACAGGGGGGCCGGGAGGGCGCCCACUUUUUCAGUGGAUAAUAAAAAAUUACCGGAUAAAAUCCAGCCUGCCUGCGUGGAAUAGCUCCUGUGCUAUCCUCCCCCCACACACACUUUUAAACAAGCUCCGCGGUCCCUGCCCUUGACAAUAAAUUGUUAUAUAUUUGUUAUUAUUAAUAAUAAAGUAUAAACACUGAAUUAUUAAUAUUGUUGAAUUUUGUUACAUAAAUUAUGUGGCUUUUGAGCUAAAUGAUGUUAUGGUUAUUUUGUACGGAAUGCAAAGUUAUUUAGAGCACAUUCACAGGUUGAACAAGGAAUGUAAUUGAAACAUUAUUGAAUGCAAAUAGCACAUACAGUAUUUGAAACACUUUGAGAAUCAGCAACGCAAUUAGAAUAGGAUCAUUCUCUUAGUACCUACAGUACUCUAAAACAUUUUUAGUCUGAAAAAUCCUGAGAACGGUUACUGGUCGUUUGUUUGUGAGUUCUCCCAUCCUGAAGUAAAGAAAGACGUGGAUGAAAAUCCAGAUGUACACUCAGUCUUUGACAAAGGUAAGAAGACACAACAGCGUGCGUCUGCUCUGCAUUCAUGCUUCUCUACUCUAGUCUCUACAUCUCUACAAACUGAAAUAGGCUCUGAUCUUUAUCAUGAUAGUAUGACGGAAUACACCCUUUCCAUAAUUACGUCACAACUACACUGUUUUCAACUUUUAGGACCACCUCAAAUGGAAAGGAUUAUUUUCAAGUUUUUUUCUCAUGGGCUAUGCACAGAGAAGCAGAACAUCCUUCUUCAACACAUGCAUGAAAAAUAAUUCUUUAUUUUGACCAAUAAAUGUGGAAAUAAGCUCUAACACGAAAACGAGCCUCCAGGUCCUGACCAGUAGCCUCGUUUUCGUGUUAAUGCUUAUUUCCACAUUUAUUGAUCAAAAUCCAAAAAUAUUUUUCACACAUGUGUUGAAGAAGGAUGUUCUACUUCUCUGUGCAUAGCCCACGAGAAAAAAACUUGAAAUCCUUUCCAUUUAAGGUGGUCCUAAGUUGAAAACAGUGUAGUUGUGACAUAAUUAUCGAAAGAGUGUAUUGGCAGUGUCAUGAUUCAUCAAACGUUAUUUACAUGCCUAUAGCCAUGAGCCGCGCGUGAUUGCCGGUAUAAUUCUUAUCCUAGAAACGAGAAUUUGUUUGAGUCAGAUGGAAAGAAGGUUUAUGGGAGGAACACAUCAUAAUGACUUUUCAAGACUCAUCAUGACUUUUCAAGCACAUCAACACAGUGUAGAACAGUCAGGGACGUACCGACCGUAUGUCGUUGGGGGUGGGGGUGAACUCAAACGUUUGGGCGCCCUCGAUUUUGCGGCCCCACCUCCAAACAUUUCCCCCCAAAAAAGUUGGCGAGAGAGAUCUACGUUUGCCUGCGAAAAGCAAUGCUCUCAAAAGUUUUUUUCCAAACCUUAUUUUUGCAUUAGAGGAGAUUAAGAAUAGAUUUUCAGAAUUUUUUCGACCUCAAUUUUUCACAAUAUUCCUUAAUAUUUAACACAUUCCGCAAUUCCAACAUUUGGGGGCCCCCUCUGGCUCUGGGGAAUUAUAAUUGGUCCCCUCCCUUGACUUUUCGUUGGGGGGGGACACAAUCCCAGUCGGGAUGGUGCUAAGAACAGCCACUCAUCAAAGUAAUAAUACCGCAGCAGAGAGGGGGGGCAGAGCCGGGUAGGUAAAGGGGAGGGGUGGUUUGGAUCACGUCUCACGUGAAGAAAAACAUAUUUUACGUUUCACGUGUGAAAAAAUAACCAUUUUACGAAAAUUAAAAUUAAAACACUUUUUAACUUAGUAUUGAAAUAAUGCCUUUUUUAACACAUUACUGGCAUUGCCAUUAGCCUCAACAUUGAAAGACCUUUUUACAACCAACCGAUAUAUCUAGCAAAAAUCAAGAAUUCAAAAUACAUGCAUGCAGUGAAAUCGUUAUGUCCAAAGCAUUGAACUUCUCCCGGUUUUCCUCCCUCAACAAAAACCGUAAUAAUAUUCUUCCAUUUUAACUGUGCGCAUGCUCCAUGAUCAGAAAUGGUUCCUAUGGUUGCAGCCAGAGCACCCUAGUAAGGUUUCGACUUGAUUGAACUACGCCCUUUUAGCAAUUCGACACUCAAUUGCAAGAGAAGAUGACUAAUAGUAUAUAGUUUUUGAAUAUUUUCUUUGUUUAAUAUUGCCUUAUUCUCUUGAAUGGUUGACAUGCCUUUUUGCGCUUGCCCUCUCUUAUAGGUCGACUAUGGAUUUACCUUGCAUUGUUAGACUGUCUGCUUGGAAGUUAUUUUCGAAUGUUUUACGAGAAUCAGAAAGUGCCGUCUAAAUAUUAUCAAAGGUUAGUUCAUUUAUAUAACUGUCAACGUUGUCUUGAAAUUGAUCACAUUUGCUGUCAGUUCAGAAGAAAAAAAAACCAACUUCGUAAUAUAUUAUUUCUAUUUGUUUAUUUAGAGAUUCUUUUAUUCGCGAUAAGGAGGUCGGUCUUGAGGAAAUACUGAUGUUUUAAAAUGUCACUUUGAACUGUUUGAAGUAUAUACCUAUAUAUAAUAACUACAGUGAAACACGCAAUUUAAUUGGUCAAUAGCCGUGCAGGAUCAGACUAUCCUGCACGAGGAUUAAAAGGCCUUCGCGGGAUUUUCGCGGGAUUCUCAAAAUGUCAUUGUUUCACUGUAGUUAUUUUUUAAAACAAUUACCAAAUGGUUUUCCAAGCAGGACAGCGUGAUCCAUACACUUGGGAUGUUGCUCGACUUUCGGAAAGCGUAAAAAUACACUCGCCUGCGGCUCGAGUAUUUUUACGCUUUCCGAAAGUCUCACGACAUCCCUCGUCCAUGGAUCACGCAAUCCUGCACAGAAAACCAUUCGGUAUUCCUUUAAUGUUUAAUAUAUAUUAAUUAAUUACAUUCCUUCAUCUUUUUAGCGCCUAGGCAUCAUAAUAACCCUUGUCGCUGGUUUGGACCUCAUACGUUUGUCGUCAGAAUUGGUAAUGUCUAGAGAAUAAGUUUAAUAACUGACUGAUUACUAUACCAAACUGAACUAACUAUAUUUACACUGGAUAGAAAUAUAGAGGUGCAUGCUGGGUAGUAUAGCGGCCGGGGCAUCUCGUAUUGAUCAACGUUAUUAAAUCGGGAGGUCCUGAGUCAGAGCCAUCCCUAUAUUCUAUAAUCGAUCCAGUAACUGGAAUACCCCGAGAAUGACAUAUGACAGAAAUAGGCGAUUCCAGCUUUUAGUUUAUGCGUGCAGGGGACGAUGGGAAGUAAGGUAUCACAUUGGUGAUUAUGCUGAAAAAAUAAAAAUGGUGGUCGUGUAAACACAGAGUGAUAGCUUAUAUUUUUAAAUGUUGAAAUAUUUCGGUUCUUUCGGUAGUUUAUAUUGAAAAUUUUCAGCAUAAUCAGCAAUAUGAUACCUUACUUCCCAUCAUCCCCUGCAGGCAUAAACUAAAAGCUGGAAUUGCCUAUUGAACCCCAUGUAGAUUCGGAAUGAAACGCGCAUACACAGAUACAGUGUACUUUACACACAAUUCAUUACUGCAUUUUUAGGACUUGUCUUUCUUGGGAUUCCGUGAUUUUGGCCUUACGAACGUGAUAGGUAAAACUUCUAUUUCUUAAUACUUUUCUCGAUCUAUUUUUGUUAUAUAUAUCGUUAUAUUUUGUUAUGAAUUAUUAUUGAAUUAUUUUUUAAACAUUGUAAUGCAGAUCUUUACUUUUAGUUUAUCUGAUGAGUUUACCGUGAAUAAAUAAAGUUUUAAUUACAGUACUUACUUUAUCAGAAUAAUAAUAUAUCCCAUUAUGUAAACCACCCAUAUUUAGUGAACAGUCUCAUUGCAUGGGUGCAUGGUUUAGGCAUAACGUGUAGUAAUUGUUAUCUUGUUUUUUUAUUAUUUGUAUGAUUGUUCUAUAAAAGCCAUUGAUAAAAAUUAUUAUUAAAAAAAAUAAAUAAAAAAAUAAAAAAUAAAAUAAUUAUUAUAAAAAAAAAAUUUAAAAAUAAAAUAAAAUUUUUUUUAAAAAUUAUUAUUUUUGGUUAAUAAUAAUUCACAACAACAUGUUAAAAUAUUUUUUGUAGGUAACGGUUCACGCUCCCAGAAUGGCAACCAGGACGAAGAUACCAUUCCAAUGCAGUCAUUUCCUGAUAGAGAACAAAAUGACAUAAAUAACCGUGACGUUACCACGCCACCUGAAACAGAAAACCAUGGAACGAUUCUUGCAGACGAAGGUGUACUUGACCAGACAGAUGACAUGCGCGACCACUUGGAAUAUGACAUCAUAGGGAUCGAUGACACGGAUGGAGGGACUGGAUCGAAAAUGCUCAUGAGUGAAGGAUCUUAUCUAGGUAAAAUUCGGUUCGCCGUUAUAUGGCGCAAACUUGUUAUCAGGAUGUGUUCACACUGCUUGUUCCCAGCUUGUUGACAAGUUGUCAACGGCUUGUUGACAACUUGACAAGUUGCUACAAGGUUGUUGAGCUCAACAGAUUUGUUACAAGUUGUUCCAACAAUUUGCUGUCGUCCUGCAAUUCAACAAUUUGUCAACAAGUUGGGAGUUACAACCUUGUAGCAACUUGAUGAAAUAAUAGCAUUGUUACAACUUGUUGACAAUCUUAAAACAAAAGUUAUUCCGAAUAAGGAGUGCAUAGUAUUAACACACAAUUUAUUAAAACUGUAUAUUUCGAAUCUAAAUCAAAUUCAUCUUCGGCAGUGUUUUGCAAGAUAUAAUAUAAUAAGAUAUAUGAUAUGAUAAGAUAUCUUGCAAAACACUCGGCUGAAGAUGAAUCUGAUUUAGAUUCGAAAUAUACAGUUUUAAUAAAUUGUGUGUUAAUAUUAUGCACUCCUUAUUCGGAAUAACUUUUGUUUUAUUUUUGCUGAAAUUAUCAGCCGGAAAAGGAUGUUGACAAUUUUGCUUUGCUACAAGAGUACAAUAACAAAUACGGUUAAUUUGGGAGCAUUGCUGGUACAUGGAAUAAUUUUAAUCUUUCAGAUAGCGUUGACUGGUUAUCAAUCAAGAAGCCGACGCUUUCCGAAAACGGCACGGCCAGUCACAAGGGCAGGUCGAACUGUGGGGAUUCGUUCGACGAAUUUUGUCACAACAACGACCGUAAGAGCACGGACUCGAACGACAUCAUUAACGAAUCUACGAUCUCAUUGGUCGAAGCAGAGCUCGCUGAUGACACAUUACCGAAAGUUAACCAUAACCCCGUCCCAGCCCCUCAAGGGUUUUCUCUUGCCGAGUAUGAAGGGAUAGUCUUAGCCGGGUUUCCCCGAAGGCCUGGUCUCUCGGAAACUCUCGGAACGACUUCGGAUAUCAUAUUAAAACAACCGGCUAUAGAGAAACUCUCGUUGAGUAUAUUCGAAAACAAAGAUGAAAAAUUUCAUCGUUUUGUGAAGGGAUUCACCGGUUUUCAUUACGGGCAACUACAUGAGGUGCUUUUACUACUUACAAACAAAGCCGUGUACUUUUUAAGACAGCAAACAGACGUAGGGUUUACCAUUGAACACUCAAUCAACUUUCAAGAAUUAAAGCACAUUGAAAUUGGCGUGAACUGUCAGCAUCUUGCGUUCGUGGCUAAAAAUGAGAAGUAUUCGUUCUCGACCGCAAACGAGGCUGUGACGCGGAGUUUAGUGUCAGAUAUUUCGUCAUUGGUGCUCAGAGGUCUCUCAUCGUCGGCUCAGCUGACGCGGCUUAUCAGUAGUACCGCUGUGCAAGGACAGCAGGCGAUCAAGAAGUGGUUACGGCGUCAGGCAUUGCAGGACCAGGUAAUGAUAUUAAACGAUUAGGAGGCAAUUUUUUUCUAUGUCGCGUGUAUUUGCGAAGAAAAGUGUUCAAAACCUAAAAUCUUAGCGAUAUGAAAAAAAUUGCUUUGUUUUAGCUUUAUUUUGUAGUUUACACAGUUAGCAACCUUUUUAAAUGCAUUUGCCGGUUGAUAAACACAAAAUAAUAGUAAAAAAUUGUCAAUUAAAAUACAAUUAUCAAUGAUGCUUUACUGUAAAAGUGACGCCAUAUUUACAGCGAUAUAAUCAAAACUUACUGAACUUUGGACAUCAUUUUCUCUUUGGCAUACCUCUUCAUUUUAACAUUAUUUUACAGAUAAAGCACUAAACAUACUUUUUAAGUUUGUUUGCCGAUUGAGAGACGUAUCGAAAAAUAAAAAUUUUAAAUGUAGUCAUUUGAGCGCGUGUUAUAAAUUGUCAUAAAGUAACUUCAUAAAAAGGAUGUAAAUCAAUCUCCAAAGGAAGUACAUCUGCAGACAACAUGAACUUAGACUGCAGAAAAUUGCACAAGCAGUUAAUAAAUAUCAAACUCAUGUCACAGAAGUGGUAGGUAUCCUUUUGCGAAGUUUUUGGCCAGUGGUGGAUGAUUAUUUUUUAAUUGAAUGUUGAGGUUGGGUAAACUGAAAUUUUUUGACUUUUUAAUGGUUGCAUGGAUCAGCAAAAUUUUUCCCAAGAGAAACAUUUCUCUUUGGUGUCAUCCCCCGCCAAAAAUAAUGACCGCGGUCCCUAAUAUAUACAUCACGACCAGCCCUAGGUCAGUUGUAACAACUUUUGCGCGUUUUAAUCGACGAUUUUAAAGUGUAUAUAUUUAUUUCAGACAUUGGACAUGGAAGUACUGUGUUUUUCUCUCGUACACUGGAUGUGUUUCUCAGGGCCUGGCAGUGAACUGGACACGGUGCGUUACCAGAUCGUUAAAGAGGGAUACCUUGAUUGUAAGUCCAAGUAUCUAGGAAUGGUCAGCCACUGGGAGACGAAUUACUUUGCUUUAACGGGUAGAGGACUGUUUCAUUACGCCAGACAAGGUGAUAAAGAACCAAAGAUGAUUUAUGAACUUAAUGCUUCAAAUUGUGGAGGAUGCCGUCGGGUUUCGGACGAGCAGCAAAAAUAUGCCUUUGAGGUAUGAAAUAAGGCUCAGAUUUUGUAGAAAAGUUGAGUGAUGCUUGAUGGAAAUAGGAAAGAGCCUGUGGCAAGAUGUUCAAAGCUGGGCCAGCGCCAACCCUUGGUUAAUAGGGAGUUUAAGAUCUUGACGACGAACUACCGACUACGUUUGAAAUAGUUUUUGUUGUAUGUAUGCAAAUACUAAAUGCUUGUCAUAACAAAUUUAUCCCAAAUAUGUUUUAUGUGCAUGGCUUUGUGUUCAGCAAGUUUCAUCUUUUAAUUUUCAUUAUUUUUUUAUAAAAAUACUCUCCAACCUGCAACGUUGCGUAGUCAGUUUCGGUGUUAUGUUCUUGAUUCUGUUUUACAACACAAGAAUAUGCCUUUUUACGCUGUAGCCAAGGUCGCUACGGUGAAAUUAUUACGCCAUUUUGAUGGCGUAAUAAUAGAUGUUUCGGUUUUCAAUCCAUAAUAUAUUACUACCAUCUUAUGGUUAUACUUGCUCAUUUUAACUUUUUCAUUUGUUGCUAUUUGUCACUUUCAAAGGUAAAAUGUAAACAAAUUCAUUGUGGUUGGCAAUGACUUUUUAACUUGGACUUGAAAAUAAUAAGACUUGUUAGCAACUCCGUUCUCUUUUAAACUAUUUUCAGAUAAUUUCUGACGAUGGUCAAUCAGUGGUCAUCCUAUCGACGUCAACCGAAGAUCAGACAUCCGAUUGGAUAACGAAGUUAUGUCAAAUUGUAGCUGGAUCCUCUGAGUUCCUGUAUACCACCCUGUGUCCCGCGGCUAGAGCACUCCCGUGCUGUGCCGCGGUUACCAAGCAACAUAUCGUCACGUUUCAUGCGCAUAUUAAUGGCGACUAUCGUUUUUUAAGUAGCUUUUUUAUUCAAGAUAUCACGCAGAUAUUGGUAGACAACGAAGUUAGGAAUUAUUGUAUUUUGGUAAGUUCAUUUCCAAAGGAAUACCAAAAUGUUUUCCGUGCUGGAUUGUGUUAUCCAUGCACGCAGAAUGUCCCGAAAGUCUCGCAACACCCGCGUGCAUGCGUGGAUGACGCUACCCUGCACGGAAAACCAUUGGACCUUUCCCCUUAUAGCUAAAAUUUUGAUCUAGACAAAAAUUUCAUCACAGCUUGAAAGAGCAUCACAAAAUUAGUAAUAUUCCGAAGUUUCGUUGCGAAAUGUAAUAAAAUGCGGAUAAUAUAGCCUUGCGAAGUUUGCCGUUUUUCAGUCAUUUUGUAUUACGCACGGGAAAUUGACAGCCCAAUCGGGUGUUGGGGCAUCAAUUUCCCAUUUGUAAUACAAAAUUACUGAAAAACGGCAAACUUCGCAGGGCUAAUCCGCAUUUUACAACAUUUCGCAACGAAUUGAAACUUCGGAAUAUUACUAAUUUUGUGAUGCUCUUUCAAGCUGUGAUGAAAUUUUUGUCUAGACUUGUCUAGAUCAAAAUUUUAGUUAUAAGGGGAAAGGUCUAAUAAAAUAACUUCAGUGAAACAAUAACUUUAUUAAAACAUUAACUUUAUUUAAACGUUAAUUUUUCAGUAAACUGUUAAAGAGGCUGUCAAGUCUGUUCUGCUCAUGCGCUAAGCUUGUUUUUGUUUUGUUUACAUUUUUGUUUCUAACAAUAGAUCAUUUAAUUAAAAUUCCGAUCUGUGUACAUUUUUUGUUUCAAACAAUAGGUCUGUGAACCGACAGAUCGGAAUUUUAAUUAUAUUAUCUAUUGUUUGAAACAAAAAGAUAUAUAAACAAAACACGCGCAUGAACAGAACGGACUUGAUAGCCUCUUUAACUUUAUUAUAAGUUGUCUCUCGUUUAACAACUUCACUUCUCUUUCUUCCUUCCUCCAUUUCAUUUGUCUUUUUUUAUUUCAUACUUUUAAUUUUCUCACCUAUAUUUCAAAUACCUGGUUUUCUUAUUUUAGAAAUUUGAAUCCGACCACGAAGGCAUGUGGUUCUUCUCUUUUGCAACAGAAUAUGAACUAAGUAAAUUUGAACGUGUCGUUGCUGAAGCUUGGAAGGAUAACUUACAGGUAUGUUCAGGAUUUGUACUUGAGAUAGAAAAGGAUGGAAAUCAGGCCUGCAUGGAAAUUAUAGUCCCAUGGUCAUCGGAUAUUGGCCGGUAAAAUUUCAACAUUGACUUCUAUCGAUGGAGAAUUAAUAUCAUUUUCUUACUCUCAUAAUUAAUUCCUGGUUACAUCCCUAUGAAUUCUUUCUAUCAUUUCUGUAGGCAGAUCUUCAAUUUUACAUUAUUGGCGAAGGACCGACGCGGCAGCGAGCUCGUGAUAUGAGUCAGUAUAAUCAAACUAUGUUGCACGGUACAAGUUGA